CCUUCCGGGCCGGAAUUGGUUUCUCUUUUGCUGUCGUCUUUCUGUUGUCCACUCCCCUUCGUUUAUGAAUAAUAUUUGCACAAGUUUAUUUUUACCUUCGGCGACGUUGCAGCAUUUGGCCGCCGAAAGCCGAAAUGGUGUUUAAAGUGACUGUCAGCAGUGCCCGGAGGGCAACAAGGACGCUGUGGCUGCUCGCGCUAGUAAGCCUGCCUGUUUGCAUCAGUGUUUGCCGAGCAUCAUCACCUCAGGAAGACAGUGCCAUGGAGAACAUCGUUACUGAGAAAAAGGCUGAGGAGAGCCACAGACAAGACAGCGCUGACCUGCUGAUCUUUAUCCUGCUCCUCACCCUCACCAUCCUGACCAUCUGGUUGUUCAAACAUCGGCGGUUCAGGUUUCUCCACGAAACCGGGCUGGCAAUGAUUUAUGGCUUAAUUGUUGGAGUGAUUUUGCGUUAUGGCAUCAUUCAUGUUCCUCUGGAUGUUGGCAACAUCACCUUGAAUUGCCAGGUCAAUGCCAGCCCUGCCACUCUGCUGGUCAAUGUAAGCGGCAAGUUCUACGAGUACACAUUGAAAGGGGAGAUCAGUGGCAACGACAUGAAGGAUAAUGAGAUGCUGCGCAAGGUGACCUUUGACCCUGAAGUGUUCUUCAAUAUUCUUCUACCGCCUAUCAUCUUCCAUGCUGGCUACAGCUUAAAAAGGAGACAUUUUUUUCGGAACAUGGGAUCCAUCCUGGCUUACGCCUUUCUCGGGACAGUCAUUUCCUGUUUUAUUAUUGGGUUGCUGAUGUAUGGCUGUGUGACGCUAAUGAAGCAGGUGGGCCAGCUGAAUGGAGACUUUUUCUUCACGGAUUGCCUGUUUUUUGGGGCCAUUGUCUCUGCCACAGACCCUGUGACAGUCCUGGCCAUCUUUAAUGAGCUGCAGGUGGACGUGGAUCUCUACGCAUUACUGUUUGGAGAGAGUGUGCUUAACGAUGCCGUGGCCGUGGUUCUGUCCUCCUCUAUAGUAGCAUAUCAACCAGAAGGAGACAACAGCCACACCUUUGAGGUUAUGGCGAUGUUGAAGUCUUUUGGGAUCUUCCUGGGAGUUUUCAGCGGCUCAUUUGCACUAGGAGUCGCCACUGGAAUCGUCACCGCUCUCGUGACUAAAUUUACCAAGCUGCGAGACUUCCAGCUGUUGGAAACAGCUCUGUUCUUUCUCAUGUCAUGGAGCACAUUCUUACUGGCUGAGGCUUGUGGUUUCACAGGUGUGGUAGCAGUACUCUUCUGUGGAAUCACUCAGGCCCAUUACACCUACAACAAUCUGUCUCCUGAGUCUCAGGACAGAACCAAACAGCUGUUUGAACUUUUAAAUUUCCUGGCAGAGAACUUCAUUUUCUCCUACAUGGGAUUGACCCUUUUCACGUUCCAAAACCAUGUCUUCAAUCCGAUGUUCAUCGUUGGAGCUUUUGUAGCAUUAUUCAUAGGAAGAGCCGCUAACAUUUACCCUCUCUCCUUCCUUCUUAAUCUGGGACGACGCAACAAGAUCAGAUCCAACUUCCAGCACAUGAUGAUGUUUGCAGGCCUGCGAGGUGCAAUGACCUUUGCACUGUCCAUCAGGGACACUGCAACAUAUGCUCGUCAGAUGAUGUUUUCCACCACUCUGCUCGUGGUCUUCUUCACUGUAUGGAUUUGUGGGGGUGGUACCACUCAGAUGCUGUCCUGCCAGCGCAUACGUGUGGGAGUGGACUCGGAUCAAGAUAACUCUAUGAGUGUUGGUGAAGGUUCAGAGAGAAGGAGCACCAAACAAGAAAGUGCCUGGCUUUUCAGAAUUUGGUACAACUUUGACCACAACUACCUGAAGCCCAUCCUGACUCACAGCGGCCCCCCUCUCACAGCCACGCUGCCUCCCUGCUGCGGCCCCCUCGCUCGCUUCCUCACCAGCCCUCAGGCCUUUGAGAACGAAUGCCAGCUGAAGGAUGACGACUCUGACCUCAUCCUGAGAGACGGUGACAUCAACCUGACAUAUGGCGACAUCACAGUCAGUACAGACGCCAGUGGCGCCCACACUAGCGGCGGCCCGGCCUUUGCUGGCGCUGCCACCUCUGAUGACUUGGACAGAGAGUUAGCAUACGGAGAUCACGAGCUGGUGAUGAGAGGCACGCGCCUGGUGCUGCCCAUGGACGACUCGGAGCCGCCCUUCACAGAGCCCCACCACCGCAUGCGGAUGUGAAAGUAGUCUUUGAAUACAGACCCAGACAACCGUCCGACGCACCCUGACCCGAGCCAUUGAGCAAAAGACCAGUACCUGAGUCUCCUCCUAUCACCUCUCUCUGCUUUUUUUCCCUUUUCUCUAGCACUUUUGUUCCAUCCUUCUUGCCACAUUUUCUCACAUAUUCUAUGGGGCAAAUCAUCGUCUCUACCUCAUUGUCUUUCUGCUUAUUUCCACACCUUUCUGCCAUUGCUGUAAUAUAGUCAUAUUUAUUUGCAGUUUUUUUCUUCAUAAAUCAGUUUUAAAUAAUUUCAGCUUAAAUUUCUGUGUCACCUUACUGUAGCAUUGCACAGAGAUCUAGCAGCAUGUGUCAGUGUGUAAAUGCAACCACUAGCUAACUUGUCGGUGUAAAGUAUAUCCCAAGAGUACUAUAACUUUUAUAUGCAUGCUGAGGAUGCUAGUUGUUUUCUUAGUUUGGGAGAUUGAGGGCUUUUGUGUUGAAUGUUGCUGCCUUCUCUCUGUGGGUCAGAGGCAAGCUGACCCAGUGGACAACGUUACUGUAAAUUUGGUUACAAUCAAGUGCCUGGGAAUUGUAGUUUUUGGCAGCCCAGUACUGGAUUAGUUCUGUUAAGCAGAGCUGAUUCAAUAUGGUCAGUCAUUCACUUUUCCAUUGUUAAAAAAAAAAGAUAAAAAAAUGCUCAACAUAAAGCAAAGACCUCUGUCCAUAAGGUAGCAAUAUACUUAGUGCGUGUUUGGGCUGUCAGUCUGUGUGCUAUUUGCUUGUAAAUAGUGUGUAACAAUGUGAUGCCAGUGUUGCAGUGUAACCAGGCAGUGAACAUGUGGAUCUCUCCCAAUGACCUUUGACUGUGACAUAGAGGGAGACUUUACACCUUAUUUUAGAGGCUGCUGUCGUUCAUGGCAGGACGAAGGGCUGUUGUUUCGAGAUCCAAAUGAGAUGAGGCGAGAACGCUUAGUGCCAUUUCUGUCCUGCAUUUUUACAUUUUAUGAAAUCUGAAUGCAGAUGACCUUAAAGUGUUUUGUAUUCUUUUUGCAACAGAGGUUUGUGAGCUGAAUCACCUUUUUCAUAUCCAUUUUCUAGUCUAUAUUUUCUCAUUCAAUGAACCUGAACAACACAUCUAGAUACAUGAAUCUGAGACUAAAUUAUCUGCUACAGUGGUAUUAAGAGCGUUCAACUGAUAUUGUGCUUAAUGAGAACUAUCUAUCUGCUUUUGGUAGGGCUGCAGACAGCAAUUCAUUCAUCUGCCAGCAGUUGUUUAAUAAAUUAUUUUGUGUAAAAAAAAAAAAAAAAUGAGAGUAGUGAACAAUGCGCAUCAGAGUUGCACAGACCUUAAAGAGUGUUUCAGGAAAAAAUAUGAUUUAGGUAAAUUUUUUAUUCAUGAAGAUCAAUGUGAUGUGAGUUGCCCAUUUUUUUUGAAUAAUGAGCCGUAAAGAUUAAAGAUAUCUGCCUUCUGUCAAAUAUAACCAAACACAAUUCUAGUCUUGUGGUGUCCAAAACAUCGAGAAACACAGAAAUGCUCCUUUUACAUCAUUACUUGAAAUUAAAUCUACAAACUGUCUUUGAGCUGUUUAAUUUAGGAUCUAUUUUAAUUAAACUACAUCCAGGCACGAGCCUCUAGUAACAGGUAAAUGCUCUCCUCCUUUAGUUAAGUACAUGAAACUGUCCACAAUGCAGUUUUCUUUUUUAAAGCUGGUCAUGAUUUCCAGAAAGAGACGUGCUUCUGAGUUUUGAGCAGUUUAGUUUCAUUAUAUAAGAGAGAAGGUGCACCUCUCUAAAUCUGGGCUACUGACACCCCAAAAAGUCGAGGUGUCACUACAAGCCAGAAGAAAAACUAUAAUUAUUUGAUUUUUUUUUUUUUGGACAAAUUACAUCUUUCUACUUAUUU